UACUCCCAUUCACCCGAAAGUGACAACGCCGCAGUGCGGUUUGUUUACAAAACAUGUGUAAUAAUGAUGUGUAAUUGUAAGAAAUAAUAAUUUAAAAAUAUAAUUUUCUCAAUUUAUAUAAUAUUGAGAGAUAACUGUGAUAAUUGAAGCGUAUAUCUCACAGCAAUAUAAUGGCUGUUCAGGUUUUAACUGUUGCUAAGUGUCCAACUGAAAGUUUAUCUUUCACAAACUGUGCAAUAGUGAAUGAAAAAGAAUUUCCUUUAGAUAAAGUAAGGCAUGUAGAAGUUACAACAUCUUCAAAUCGGAAAUAUGUCUUUACUCUAAAAGGAUGUGCUGGUUUCCCAUCUGGACAAAUCGGUUUCAGUUUACCAAUGAGAAAAUGGGCUGAGCUGUCUCUAAAUCAAUCAUUGGAAGUUAGACCAUAUACAUUUAAUCCUAAUAUUCAGUAUAUUGCCAAAAUAGUUCUUGAUGUGGAUUUUCUGGAUAAGAAGACUACUUUGGAACCUUAUGAUACAGAGAAAAUGGCCUCAGAAUUUGUGAGCAAUUUUUGCAAACAAGCUUUCACUGUUGGACAGAUGUUGGCUUUCAAUUUUCAAGACAUGAAACUCUUAAAACUUGUAGUAAGAGAAAUGGAAGCUGCCAAUAUAGAGCAGGUUACUGGAAAUGGGAAGUCAACUGCUAAAAGAACAACUCAAGUUGGAUUGUUACUGCCUGAUGCUGUUGUUGUUUUUGAGAAAGCUGAAGGAUCUGCUGUAAAUUUAGUUGGAAAAGCUAAAGGGAAGACAGCUAGACAAUCAAUCAUAAAUCCUGAUUGGGAUUUCCAAAAAAUGGGAAUUGGAGGUCUAGAUAAUGAAUUCAAUGCUAUAUUUCGAAGAGCCUUUGCAUCAAGAGUCUUUCCACCAGAAUUUGUACAACAGCUUGGUUUAAAGCAUGUCAGAGGUAUCUUGCUCUUUGGUCCUCCUGGGACAGGAAAAACCUUAAUGGCUCGUCAAAUUGGAAAGAUGUUGAAUGCUAGAGAACCAAAAAUCGUUAAUGGACCCCAAAUUUUAGACAAAUAUGUAGGGGAAUCUGAAGCCAAUAUUCGAAGACUUUUUGCUGAUGCAGAAGAAGAGGAGAAAAGGCUUGGACCCAACAGUGGAUUGCAUAUUAUAAUAUUUGAUGAAAUAGAUGCCAUUUGCAAAGCAAGAGGAUCUAUGGCUGGAAGUUCUGGUGUUCAUGAUACAGUGGUCAAUCAGUUAUUAGCAAAAAUCGAUGGUGUUGAGUCUCUGAAUAAUAUUUUAGUUAUAGGAAUGACUAACAGAAAAGACAUGAUUGAUGAAGCUUUAAUGAGGCCUGGUCGUUUAGAGGUCCAAAUGGAGAUCGGAUUACCUGAUGAAAAAGGUCGCCUGCAGAUCCUUAAUAUUCAUACUGCUCAAAUGAAGAAACAUAACAAAAUGGCAGAAGAUGUCGAUUUAGAAGAACUAGCAGCUAAGACCAAGAACUUUUCUGGUGCCGAAAUUGAAGGUUUAGUAAGAGCUGCUCAGUCGACGGCAAUGAAUAGAUUGAUAAAGGCAUCAAGUAAAGUGGAGAUUGAUCCUGAAGCAACUGAAAAAAUUCGUGUUACUCGUGCUGAUUUCAUGCAUGCAUUGGAGUAUGAUAUCAAACCAGCUUUCGGGACUAGUGCAGAACAAAUUGAAAGAUUAAUUUCUCAAGGAAUAAUACGGUGGGGAGAACCUGUCGCAGAAAUUUUGGAAGAUGGGCAGCUUUUCAUACAGCAGGCAAGAGCAGAGGGUUCACGAGGUUUAGUCAGUGUACUUAUUGAAGGAGCACCAAAUAGCGGCAAAACUGCUUUAGCAGCUAAACUGGCACUAAGUUCUGAUUUUCCAUUUGUGAAACUAUGUACUCCUGAAGACAUGGUUGGUUAUUCAGAGACAGCCAAAUGUCAGUUAAUCAAAAAGAUGUUUGAUGAUGCUUACAAAUCUCAUCUCAGCUGUAUUAUUGUUGAUAGUAUAGAGAGAUUAUUAGAUUAUGGUGCCAUUGGACCACGUUAUUCAAAUUUGGUUUUGCAAGCUUUACUUGUACUACUUAAAAAAGAGCCACCUCCAGGAAGGAAGCUGUUAGUUUUAUGCACUAGCAGCAGGAAACAAGUCCUAGAAGAAAUGGAAAUGUUGUCAACCUUUACUUCAGUAUUGAGAGUACCUUACUUAAGUUCUCCUGAACAUUUAGUAAAUGUUCUUUUGGAAACAAAUACUUUCCGUCAAGAAGAAAUAGCUAAAAUUCAAAGGAAAACAGAAAAUUGCAGAUUUAGAGUGGGAAUUAAAAAACUACUUGCUUACAUUGAUUUAGCAAGACAGGCAUCUGAUGAGCAUAGAGUGUCCAAGUUCCUUGCAAAGCUUGAAGAAGAAAACUGUCUGCAAGGAAUAUAGUUUGAAUAUGUACCAGUAAAUGAAGACUUGAAAGUUUGUGUAAAAUGUCUUUUCACUACCCUUUUCUUUAAACAUUCCUUGUGUUAAGGAAAAAUUGGUACUUUAAUUUAAUUCCAACAAAGUAUUAAUUCUUUUAUCGGUGCAUUAUUUAAAUGAAUCUUAUGCAUAUGUUUGUGGCUAUGAGAAAUUUGAAAUUCCUUAACACAAAAAAAAUUGUACUAUAUUUGUAUUUUAUUACUUAUUGUCCAAUUUAUUUAUUAAUUAUUUGUUCUUUUUUUCAUAUUUUGUUUUGAAGUCUGAAAUUAUUGUUUUAGUUUUGAAUAUUUAUUUCAUAUACAGUAUUCAGUAGAGUAAAAAUAAUGUAAAAACAGAUCACUUUGUUGUUUUUUUGUUUUUUAAUUAAUUUUUGUUUUUAUUUGUUUAUUUAAUAAGUUCAGUCUUCCAAGUGUAAAUUAUCUGUAUAAUUUUGAUGACAUUAAUUCACGACAUAUAAUUUCUACAAUAAGUUCACAUUGUUGUAUGCAUUUAAAAUUUCAAAAUCUUAAAUUAUAUGAAUUCGUCAUUAAAAAAUAACUAGUCAACAUCUGUGUGUUUAUAUUGAAAAUUAUAAACAUUGUUUAUUUAAACUCUAAUUAUUUACAAAAUUUGAGUUGAAAAAUGCAAUGCUAAAUUCAGUAUGUGUAGAAUUUAGUAAACAGUCAUUUUGAACUCAUCUUCAUAAGUUGUGGUUACCAUGGUGUCUUUAAAACAGACUUUUAUUCUAAAUGUUGUAAGAUUUAAAUGUCAGUUAAACUACAUGACAUAGUAAGCACAAGAAUAUAUGCAAUAAAUUCUAUUAAGAAAUUUAGAUAACAGUUUGUAGUCUUAGCUGGCGUGUGGCAGAAAGUUUGAUGUAAGUGCUUUAAUGAAAGCAAAUUUAGCUGCCUUCCAAUGUUACAACGAGAAAUAAUAGAUUAUUAACUGAAUUUAUUUUAAUAAUUCUUCUGUACUAGUGUAUAUGAUCUCAGCUUGUGAAAGCAUCUGAAUAUUUUUCAUUUUUGACACUGCCCAUCAGUUAUCUCAUUUUGGAAAGUUCUUCAUUAUAUGAACAAUCAACAAAGGAUAUAUUUUAUUGGUGAAAUUAACUUUAUAAAAUUAGAUUAUUUUGUGUAAAAUAAUCAAAAAUCUUCGCUUAGCAUAAGCAUUUUAUAAAUUGUGUGUAUUUGGAAAUAAGCAUAUCAUUUACUAAGAUAACUGAUGAUUUUUCUUUGGUUGAUUAAUUCUAAGUAACUUCUAUACAUUCUUAAUUCUUAUAGAAAGUAAUUAUAGUUUAGAAUCAGAUUUCUGGUUGAAUUUAAAAGAACUUUAUACAAAUAUGGAUGUUAUUAAUAGAGCAGUCUUACUUGUUAUUGAAAUUGU